UUGGUGGGCUGUCCAAAACCUCGUGUCAUAUGACCGGCGCUGAAUGGUUCCUAGAACGUAAUACAGCACUUGGUUACAAGGAGUCCUAUAAAUCAAAUUUGGGGUGUUUGUUCCUUUUGGAGAAUAAUGUUAGCUCUUAUUAACAAACUUCUGGACUGGUUUAAGUCUCUCUUCUGGAAGGAGGAGAUGGAGUUGACGUUGGUCGGGUUGCAGUAUUCUGGAAAGACGACCUUCGUUAAUGUUAUAGCGUCUGGACACUUCAAUGAAGAUAUGAUUCCAACAGUAGGAUUCAAUAUGAGGAAGAUAACCAAAGGAAAUGUUACCAUAAAGGUAUGGGACAUUGGAGGACAACCGCGAUUUCGAAGUAUGUGGGAAAGAUACUGCAGAGGAGUUAACGCAAUUGUAUAUAUGGUUGAUGCUGCAGAUAUGGAAAAAAUAGAAGCUUCAAAAAAUGAGUUGCACAACUUGCUUGACAAACCACAGCUGCAAGGCAUUCCCGUAUUAGUACUUGGCAACAAGCGGGAUAUUGCUCAUGCUUUGGAUGAAAAAGAACUAAUUGAAAAGUUGAAUCUCUCAUCUAUACAAGAUAGAGACAUCUGCUGCUACUCCAUUUCCUGCAAAGAAAAGGAUAACAUAGAUAUAACACUGCAAUGGCUGAUUCAGCACUCCAAAUCAAGACACAGCUGAAAAAGAACACUUUUCCAAACAAGAUAUACCUGUACAUUAUAUGUUUAAAAGGACAGAAAAAAAUUAACCUGUAUGAACUGAUUCACAUAUCACCAGUUUAUGUUAAUAGUCAAAUUUUAUAUUGUAAUGUCCUUUUAUGGUAAAAGUUAAAAAAACAAAAAAGAAAAAAGAGUCAUUCACUUACAUACUUUAAAUUCUGUAAGCCUUAUUAGAAAAGUGACUGAUUUUUACCGUAUUUAGAAUUUGGGUUGGGUUUUGCAUGAGUAUUAUCAAAGCUGUAUUGAAUAUUUUUAUAUGUACAUAUUAAAUGGGAUAUCUGUAUAAGGAA